AUGAACGUAUCAAAGGAUUUAGAGGAUUUGGCCACCUACGUCCUCGGCAUGGGCUCGGGGCACGAUCUCGCGCGGGCGUAUUUCGUGGGCAGCGGGAGCGAAGCUAACGAGGCGGCGCUGAAGAUGGCGAGGCACCCCGCCUACGACUACCAAUACACAAGAGAGGGCGAGACGGAAGGGCAAUUUGCCGCGAGAUUGGUGGAUGAAGUGGAAGCCGAGUUCAAGAGGAUCGGACCGGAGAAAAUUGUGUCGCUUAUAGCUGAACCGGUCGUUGGUGCGACGUCGGCCUGCGUCGCCGCCCCUAAGGGCUAUUUCAAAGGUAUCCGCAGACUCUGCGACAAGUACGACAACCUCCUUCACUUGGAUGAAAUCAUGUGCGGUGUUGGUAGGACGGGUUCCUACUUUGCUUUUGAGCAGGAGGGAGACAUCUUCCCCGACAUUGUCACCAUCGGUAAAGGUCCGGGGGGAAGGUACAUUCCCAUCGCCGCCAUGCUCGUAAGUCGCAAGGUCGUCGAGGUGAUACGACGGGGAACCUCUGCGUUCAAUCAUGGCCAAACGUUCCAGGCGCAUCCGGUUGCGUGUGCGGCGGGGCUGGCGGUGCAAGAAAUCUUGAGGAGGGACGGGCUCGUCGCGAGGGCUAAGACGAUGGGGACGACGCUCGAGAAGCUUUUGAGGGAAGCAUUCCGGGGAUGUAAGUACGUGGGAGACAUCCGCGGGAGGGGGUUAUUCUGGGCCCUGGAAUUCGUCCGUGACAAGGAGACAAGGGAGUCUUUUAUCCCUUCCGUCAGGUUUGGACCGAGGGUGCAGCACACCGCAUUCGAAAUGGGCGUAGCCGUGUAUCCUGGCGUGGGGACGGUUGACGGGCUAAGGGGGGACCACGUCCUAAUCGCACCUCCGCUUAAUAUCUCGAGCGAGGACUUGGGAAAAGCCGUGUCGACGAUUCGGAAGGCAUAUGGUAAAGUGGAGAGGGAUUACGACAGUGUGGUAUAUAAAAUUUAG